AUGUCGUAUGAAGGUGGUGGGACGGUUCUUCCCGAUCAACAACCAAGCACAGAAACAAUCGAUCAAGCUUUUCUGUUGCAACAGGUGGACUUCUCCGUCAGUCUUCCAUCUAUUCAUCAAGAGAAAGGUACCGACAGACAAUGGCAGAAUUCUGGAAGCGCAACUACAAUGAGUUCCGCAAGGCAUGCUAACGAUGCUGUGCCAGCAAGCAGUGGUGCCACAUCGCUAUCGUGUCUAACCAUGGAAGAAAACGUGACGAUCGGUUUCUCGACAGAGGAGUCGGGUGACCUUGUCAUGAAGGACACCGAUACCUUUUGCCAAGCCAUGGCAAAGUAUGAUGCCAUGUUGAGGAAUCAGGUGGUGUACCGGGGUCUACCCAAGCAUCCGGACACGACAGAAAUUUACAUCAAGAAAGGACGUCUCUUCUGGAGGAAUGGAAAAUGUGCCGAAGCAGUUGAAAUGUAUGAAAAAGUUCUUGAGAUUAACAAGUUGGUAACGCCUGGGGUUGAUCCCUCGUGGGUCUCGGGAGCGUAUUGUCACAUGGCAGAGAACUUGGAAUUUCGAGGAAAGGCUAUGAAAUUGCAUAGGAAGCUGUUUGAGUUUCAACUGUCGACUGCUGGUGAGGACAGCGUAGACACAGCGAAUGCAUACGACAGAAUGGGGCACGUUCUUCAAUCGUUUGACAAAAUCGACGAAGCACUCGAAUGGUAUACGCAGGCACUGAAGAUCCGAUUGAAGACUGCUGUUGACGACUUGGAUUUGGCAGAUGCCUACGAGAGCAUGGCGAAAAAACUUGGUGGCUGGCAGUCCCGGAAAGUAGGCAGAGACGAAGAUGCGCUUAAAAUGUGGGAGAAAGCACUUGAAAUUCGAUUGCAGAUUUUGGGAAACAAUAAUGAAGCUGUAGCCCAUUCCUACGAAGAAAUGGCUGACAUAAUUAGAAACCGCAUUGUUUAUGACCGCACGGGAAAUGGCGAAGAAGAAGCCAAAAUGCGUAGCAAGGCGCGAGAGAUUCGAUUGAAAAUUGCCGAGCGUGACAAUCCAGCCGCGGCAGAUGCUCUCGAGAAGAUGGCUCGUUCUCUUCUAGAUGGGUGGGAAGAACGGGAAGCAACCAAAAUGUACAUGAAAGCGAUUUCAGUUCGAAAAAGGAUUUCUGGAGAAGAUCAUGAAGCUACAAUAGACGCCUACGAGAGAACAGCAGAUGCUCUGAAAUACAAUCAUUGGUUCAAGCACGACAAAUCAGUCGAAUUGCGUCGCAAGGUACUGGAUUUUCGAUUGAUGACAGUUGGGCCUGAACAUCCAGAUACAGCCAGGGCCUACAAGAAUACAGCAGUAGCUCUUAUUGCGAUCAGAGGCAACGAAGAUGAAGCAGUCAGGAUGUAUGAAAGAGCGAUUGAGAUAUACAUGCUUGCCGCUGAGGGUGAUGCCUCUUCGAUUCGAUAUGCCUUUAGGGGAAUCGCAGAUAUCCUGACGAGUCAAAGGAAAUACAAAGAAGCAAUUGCAAUGCACAAAAAGGCGAUGGAUUUUCAAUUGAAAACCGUUGACCACGACCAUCUAGAUAUGGCAGAGACCUACGGAAAAUAUGCUGAUGCUCUCCUACGGGUUAAAGGCAAAGAACAUGAAGCGGUCGAAAUGUGCAGAAAGUCGAUGCGAAUUCGGUUGGAGGAAAGCGUGUUUGAUGAUCCAAUUCUGAGAAAAGACUACGAGAGACUGGGAGAUUGUCUUCGACGGCUUGGGGGCAAGGAGGGCGAAGUAGUUGAAAUGUACCGGAAGUCCCUGGACCUGGUACUGCUUGAAGAAGGAAAUUUUGGUGAAAAAGCAAAAGCCUGCCUCCAACUGGCAACUGCACUUGAGAAGAUUGACGGCAAAAGAGACGAAGCAAUCGAAAUGUAUCGGAAGGCCAUGGAGAUGAGCUUACAGGUUGAAGGACAUCUUGAUUCAAAAGCAAUAGCCUACGGCGAAUUGGCAUCUGCACUUGAAAAGGUUGGCGGCAAAUGGGACGAGGCACUCGACUUGUAUCGGAAGGCGCUUAAGGUGCUAUUGAAGCACAAGGAACAAGGGAAUUGUGGGUAUGCGGUGAGCAAAGUGGAGAAGAGAUUGAUUUUCUCUAUACAACGUCUUGAAGGUAGCAACAUAAUCGAUCGGUGUUGGAAGUUUUGUUGCAGAAAGUGGGACAAGAUGACCCAUCCACUCCUGAUGGUUUUAGAACAAGCUCUCCAGGGCGGGGAAAUCGGUAUAGUGGGUUGA